AUGACGAUCGAGACCUUGCGCAGUUCCAUACAAGCCGAAACCACCCACCACCCCAGCGCCCAACACCUCUACCACAAUGGCCAGCUGGUCAGCGACAACUCCAAGACCCUGGCCGAGCUCGGCGUGACUGACGGCGACAUGCUCGCCCUCCACGUCCGCGACAUGAGGGGCAGCACGACGGUUCCGGCAGGGGGGGGCAGGUCAGGACGUCCCGCGGCGCGCCAGCACCAGCCGGUGCAGGAUCCCGAAGUGAUCCGUUUGCAGAUUCUGGGCGACCCCAACCUGAGGGGCGAGUUGGCCAGGUCGCGGCCCGACUUGGUGGCGGCACUGGAGGACCCCCAGAGGUUCGCACGCCUGUUCGCCGACAGCCUGGACCGGGAGCGGAGGGAGCGCGAGGAGCGCCAGCGACAGAUUCAGCUGCUGAAUUCGGACCCGUUCGAUGUCGAGGCUCAGGCGAAAAUCGAGGAGAUCAUCCGCCAGGAGCGGGUCAUGGAGAACUUGCAGAAUGCCAUGGAGCACAACCCCGAAGCCGAGGUGCCGUUCCUGGGCCCGGCCGACAUUCCGACCGAGACCGAGGAGGCCUAUCAGCAGGAGCCGACCGUCCCUGGGCCGGCGGGCACGACGAUCGGCCAGCGCUCCGGUGCCGUGCAUGCGCCGAGCGCGGCAGCUCAUGCGGCCCAGUCGAGCGGUGGUGGUCCCUCAGGUCCGCAAAGUGCAGCGAGACCGUCGUUCCCCAGAGAACACAUCGACCAAUUGAUGGCGCUAGGGGCCUCCGAGCAGAGAGCCAUUCAGGCGCUGGAGGCAACCGGCGGGAACGUCGAGUAUGCGGCCAGUCUGAUUUUCCAGGACUGA